GGCAAUGGCGAACGGACUGGGGACUUUUCAAAGCGUCCUACUGAUGUGAUGAAUACGGUGACAUGAUUUCCACGCAUUGACUCGUUUCGGUACGUAGUGGCGAGGCCGUGGAACCAUUCACUACAUACAGCGGGCCUGCCUCUGCAUUAAUUUAUGUUUAGCUUAGCUUAGCUUAGCUUGUUUUUGUUGGCCUCGCUUGGACGUGACGUCGGGCCCUGAACGUCAAUUCACUCUAGAAACGUAGCGUGUGUUUACGACACCGGUCGAGCCGUUAACUGAAGGUGAGACAGGUGCUCGAACGGGACUCUGACGCCACAAUUAGUAACGUCACGAAGUAUCAUGGGAUUGUAAAUCGACUGGCUGUUCACUUGCACACCUGGUUCUUCAUUUGUGGGCCGAGCUACGGGGACGACCUGCCUGGUUAGCAGGGGCUUGUUAGCCUACUGCCAGGAAGCGGUUCCGGUUUAAGACGUGGGAGGAAUUCAGUGAAGCCUAAUGAUGGAGUUGAUCCCCCGGCCGCUUCUUCUUGUAGGUGCUGCUGUGUGAACGAUGCACGAGCAAUGUCUGAUGUUGAGGCCACGUACGCAGACUUCAUCGCCUCCGGCAGGACGGGACGCAGGAACGCCAUGCACGACAUCCUGCAGAGCCCCGCCGACCCCGAGGGACGGGGGCUCACCCUGUCGCUGUCCCAGCUGCACAUCAACGCAGGAGGGGGAGAUGGAGACGACGCCGAGGACGGCCAGAGCUCCUCCUCAUCCGCCCACAGGGAGAUGGGGCAGAGGAACAGCUAACCAGCCGCGCGCUCCUGGCAGCGGACGGGGAGCAGCGGGACGGAUCCCGGCCGCCGUGGUCAUGGAAGUCCAAAGAGGGUAGCACCGCCCGCUCGCCGAUGUCUCCCCACAGGCAGGGGCACUGACUUCCCCCUAAAUCCACUGUCGAGGCGCUGUGCUGCGGAUGUGAUUUGCUCGGUGCUCUCAGGACCCCUUGUGGCUCUGCUGUGCGCUAGAAUAACCAAGACUGUUGGCAGGGGUGUAUUUCAAAGAAAGACAAACACCUCGCUCAUGUGCAGCUGAUUUUACUUUCAGUUUUAGUUACCCCACACACACACACUUGUGCUUCCUUUCAAUUGACAACACUGUAGAGAGACUCGGACCACUCGGCUGCUUGUAAAGCCGGACAACACGGGGAACAGAAACCGUAAGGGCUCGCGUUACUUCGUCCGCUAACGGGUGUUUUUUCCGCUGUUUCUGUCGUGAGUGAUGGGUAAUGUGCUGUUGUAAAGCAGCAGACUUGGUUUUUUGUGUUUGACAGUCUUCUGUUGACCAACAAUACCUAACAAUACAUUUACGGUGUGUACAUUAUGGAUGCAUCUGUUCAGUGCUUAGAAUGAGAAAUGAUGAUUAUGGUCCGCUAUCUUUGAAAAUGCUGAUACUUAUUUUUAAGAAACUUUUUCUAAUGAUGCCAUCAUAAUCACAAGCUUAAAGGAGCAUUUUGAUAUAUUUGUGUGUCUGAGAGCUAGAGGAGACGUUCGAUGCCGAUCUCACGUUUGCACGCUGUAUAACGUGAGACGGCAGCAUGGAUAGCUUAGCUUGGGAUAAAAAGGCAGAAUUCACCCCCCAGCCCCUCGAAAGGCAACGUCUACAACACCCGGGAGGCCGAGAUCGAUUCUAUUAAGAUGAGAAAACCGCAGUUCGCCAAAUGGCCACUUGUGGCUCGCCCUAAAAGCGAGUCAAUCCCUGCAGACCUGCAAGUAGAAAUAAUCAUGUUUACAGUCUGGAAAGAGGUUUUGGUCUCUAAAGCUACAAUCCCCAUUCAUGCUAACGGUACUGUGAGGUGAAUUAUUAUGUGACUUAAACUGUUUAAAUUAUGUUACGGCUUAAAUUUAGCCAUAAUUGAGGAAAGAGGUGUAGCAUAAAAGUGUUGCAUUUGAUUCCUCCUGACCUUUUGACCUGCAACCAACUACAUGUAACUUAGUUGUAGAUUUCCUAAAAUAAAAUAGCCAAGCUAAGGUAGUGUAAAACAGCUGCUGGCUCCCGCCACAUGGCGUGAGAGUGGUGUUCUUCUCCUCCCUCCCAGCAGUAAGGCGAAUGAGUGCAUUUCCCAAGAUGUCAAACUCAUCCCUCAAUGUAGAUAUGCAAUACUCAGUAAAGCUUCCAGUGAAGCGUAAGAUGUUUGUGUGAAGGUUUCGGUCCGAUAUUGAGAAUCGACUAUUAUCCUGCUCCUUCGUGUAAUAAUGGAUCCAUUCUAUAAUCACCAUCUGUAAAGAUGCAUGCCCUUAAUUGUCAUACUUUCUCCCCAGUUUUAUUGAGUAUAGUCGUCCUGUAUGACUGCAGCCCCAUGCUGAUAGGGGAAAUGUAACUUUUUCUUUUUAAACAUUCCUCAUUCAAUCAGUUUUUUCCAGUUGUGAACUGCCACUUGAUCGUAGAGGGGCUCCCGCCCACUUCAUGAUUCAGCAUGCCAAAAUAUAGCAGGUGCAUGAUUCUGCUAAAUGUGUAGGUGUUUCUCCGUCUAUUACCAUGUUUUCUACUCUGUCAAAAUAAAAUAAAAACCUGAUGACAGUAAAAAAAAGUUGCUUGUCAUGUUGUACUUCUGAAAUCUGGCACUGUGGGGGAAUUUAUUAAACUUGACAUGGAGCAAUUACGCGCGUCACUUAAUUGUA